UGGGAUUUUUUGGGGGGGGGGAACAUAACGUUUAAUGUGGACUAACCGGAGACGUGGUGUCUUUUCUGCCAGGCGUGAAACUGAAUCCAAAAUGCCCGCGGUGUUGUUCAAUUUUGAACGGGAUAUUAACGCGUGAUGGCUGCGGUCCGCUGAAUCGGAUCUUCCUCCGUGCCGCUCUGGGAUUUUAUGGGAGCGCGUUGAUUGAUCCGUCUGUACCAUCCGCGACAACAGGGGCUGUUUGACCUGUUUUACCCCCACAGUCGGAACUUAUGGAGUGUACCUGAAUAUUCGCCGGGACAGGGUUUGCCAACAGGGGUGGAGAUGUGGGGAGCAGGGCAGGGGACAGGGAGACAGCCCUGAGGCCGUUGGAGCCGUCCUGCCUGGUCUGUGGAGCUCAGACCCUCCUGAGGCGCGACUGGGCCGCUCCCACUAAGAUGUCCCUAAGCAGUGGCCCUGCAGGCGGGAAAGGUGUGGACUCGACUGCGGUAGACACUUACGACAGCGGUGAUGAGUGGGAUAUCGGUGUUGGAAAUCUGAUCAUUGACCUGGACGCUGACCUUGAGAAGGACAAACUGGAAAUGUCAGGCAGCAAGGAGGGAGGGGCAAUGGCUGCGCCUCCCAGCUCUGUGGCUGCCUUGCCGGACAAUAUUAAGUUUGUGAGCCCUGUGGCUGGUGCGCAGGGGAAAGAAAGCAAGUCUAAAUCGAAACGUAGUAAGAACUCCAAGGACAGCGUAAAGGCCCUGGCUGCUGAUGGAGCUAAGAGAGAGGGCCAAGGCCGUCCUCCAGGGGAGCCCAGUGCCCCGACCCCAAACUCCAACCCUGGCAAAGGGAUUGACAAAAACAUUAAACCCUCCCGUACUGUUCCCCUGGCCAAGAAAGACAAGGAGGGGGCCUCUGUGAAAACAAAGAAGGAGAAAGGGGAAGUCGGGCCCUCUGUGGUGGGCAACACUGAAAAAGAGGCAGGGGCCCCUGUUCUGCCUCUGGGGGCCCCUCGCCCCUUCGAGGGCCCGCAGAAUCCGGACUUGGCUGCGGCCGAGCAGCUGGGCGGUAUGGCUCUGGACUCAGCAGGGAUCAGCCAGUCGGGCGCUGUUUCAGCACAAGCAGAGGAAAUGGACAGUUUAAAGACAGUCCCCAGUGACCAGAUGGAGUCCCCCGUCUCCACACCUGUGCCUCCUCCGCUGCACCUCUUGGCUCCUGUAGCCAACAGCGAGAUCUCCUCUCCCUGUGAGCAGAUUAUGGUCCGCACACGCUCCGUGGCGGUCAACACAGCAGAUGUGUCCCUAGCAACAGAACCGGAGUGCCUAGGACCCUGUGAGCCAGGCACCAGUGUCAACCUGGAGGGCAUUGUCUGGCAGGAGACGGAAGACGGCAUGCUGGUGGUUAACGUCACCUGGAGGAACAAGACUUAUGUUGGAACUCUGCUUGACUGCACACGGCAUGACUGGGCCCCGCCAAGAUUCUGUGAGUCUCCAACAAGCGACCUAGAGAUGCGGAGUGGGCGCGGCCGAGGGAAGAGGAUGAGGCCCAGUAGCAACACGCCCGUCAAUGACACCAGCAACUCCUCUGACAACAGAGCUAGCAGCAAGACCCGUGCUGCCGCUAACAGCAGCAAGGGUCGCCGGGGCAGCCAGACCUCCACCAGCACCACUGAGGAUGCCAAGGCCAGCCCCUCCUCCGCCAGCAAGAGGAAAAACAAAGCAGCCUCAGACAUGGAGCCCACCUCCAGCUCCGAGGACACCAAGGGUACCAAGCGGAUGCGCACCAACUCCAACAGUGGAACAGCAUUGGUUCCCCUACCCGGUGUCAAAACAGAGAACCUGGUGCCCCCACAGGCAGACCGCAGCUGCUCCUCUCCUGUCCUAAUCGACUGCCCCCACCCAAACUGUAACAAAAAGUAUAAGCAUGUAAACGGCCUGAGGUACCACCAGUCACGCGCUCACAACCACGAUGAUGUCAGACUGGAUCUGGACGGAGACAGCGAGUAUGGAGAGGAAUCAACUUUGCACCCAGACCCAAACAGCUGCAACGGAGCAGGCAUCUCCAUGUCUCCUGCUCGCUCAGCCACACCAAAGGGGAGGGCCUUCGAUGUCCAGAGCCCCUCCCCCUCAGGGAAGUUCACCUCAAAGCAAGGUAAGAAGAAGACAGGGGAGGUAGAGCCAGAGGUGAUGGAUGGCUGUGAGGAGGGGCCAUGUCUGACAGAUGAAGCCAGCAAUGAUGGAAUAGAUGACAAGAAGGCAAAGAAGAUGGCAUCCGGCAGUAAGGCUGACAGGCUUGCCCAAAAAGGUGUAAAGGCAGCGCGACCCAUCGCCCCUCAGCUCUAUGCGUUCCCUUCACCAAGCCCUGCCUCUUCACCUGCCCUGGGUUCGGUGGUCCAGUCCCUCCCCAAGAGCCCCCAGCUUAAAGCCAUUCAACCCAAACUGCCCCCACUGGCUGACCCUGCAUCGCUCAGCCCUGCCCUAAGCGGUUCAAAGGACAAAAAGAAGAAGGAGAAGAAAAGGAAAGACGGAGACAGUCCCAAGGGGAGGAGUCCAUAUUCGGAGGCCUCAGACCCUGGUGGCUUGCUCAACGGCUCCUCAGAUGCCCAGCAGAGUCGGCUGGCCAGCAUCAAGGCUGAGGCUGACAAGAUAUAUAGUUUCUCGGACAACGCUCCCAGCUUGUCCAUUGGUGUGGCAAGCAGGAUAGAGGCCCCCCUCCACCUCAACCAGAACGGAGGAGACAGCUCCUCCGUCAAGACCAAUAGCCCCGCCUACUCUGACAUCUCGGACGCAGGCGAGGAUGGGGAGGGGAGGGUGGAGGGGGUGAAGGGUGCUAAGGUGGAGCCUGAGCAGGGCGGGGCCAAGAAAGCCCUGUUUCCUCCCCAGCCCCCCAGCAAAGAGUCUCCCUACUACCCUGGCUAUGACGCCUACUACUCCCCCAGUUACCCCAAUGCCAGCCCAGGAGUGGCCCCACCAGGGCCACCUCAUGUUGAGGGAGCACAGGUGAAGGUAAAGAAGGAGGAGGAACAGGAGGUGGUGGAGGAGAGCAAGGUGAAAGUAGAGCCUCACGAGGAGCGGAAGCCAGAGGCAGGGCCCCAGCAGCAGGCUUCCGUGAUCCAGCAACGCUCCAACAUGUACAUGCAGCCUCUCUACUACAACCAGUACAGCUAUGUACCCCCUUACACCUACCACCCUGAGCAGGCCUACCAGAGCCACCUGCUCAGCGCAAACCCUGCCUACAGGCAGCAGUAUGAAGAAAGGCAGCACCGUGCUGCUGAGAAGAAGGCAGACACCAUGGUGAAGGAGAGGGAAAUUUCUGGAAAGGGUCCUGAGGAGUGGAAGCAGAAAGCUUCAGUUACUCCCACCCUCUCCAAGGCCCCCAGCCUGACAGACUUGGGCACCAAGUGCAGGCCAAAGCCAGAGCUGCCCCCAGCCUCUGAGCAGGCCAAGUCAGUCAUCAUGCCAAAAGGGGAGGAAGCCAAAGCUCCCACCCCACAGGCCGAGGGUCUGAAGAUGAAGCUGAGCGAAGCAGGGCAUCAUGGGAAAGAGGACGCUAAGGCGGGCAUGGAGUCUGGAAGACCACCUGGCAUGGAACAGGCCAUGUGGUAUAGACAGGAGCCCGAUUCACGCCUGUGGCCAGGCGUCUACCCCAACAAAUAUCCAGAAGCCCUCAAACCCACUGAGGAGGAGAGAUGGAAAGAGGAGAGGGAUCGAGAACGGGAGAGAGACAGGGAGAGAGACAGGGACAGGAAGGGAAAAGAGGAGAAAACACGGCUGAAAGAAGAAGUGAAAGAAGGGAUGGACGGGCGGACACAGUCGACGUCAGAAGAGCAGCGGAUAGGGGGGAAGGAGGCACGUGGCACCCACAUGCAGUUUUCCUCUCCCCUGGCACAGCAUCAGGGUUAUAUGCCAUACAUGCACGGAGCCUAUGCCUACGGCCAAGGUUACGAUCCCAACCAUCCCGGAUACAGGGGCAUGCCCUCUGUCAUGAUGCAGAACUACCCUGGCGCCUACCUAUCACCAGGCUACCCAUUUUCUCCAUACGGGAGCAAGAUUCCCCAAGGUGAGGAAGGGGAGAAGGGCUCCCGGUCCAGCCCCACCGUAAGCAGUAAACCGCCCAGCGAGGCCAAAGCCCUGGACAUUCUCCAGCAGCAUGCCAGCCAGUACAAGAGCAAAUCCCCCACCGUCCCCGACAAGAACCCCCAUGACCGCGAGCGGGGUGGGGUGGGGGAGCGAGAGAGAGACAGGGAGAGGGAGGGGGAUCGGCCACGCUCCUCGCCCUCCCAGCGGAUCAUACCUUCCCAUCAUCACAUGGGCUACCCCCUGCUGUCAGGCCAGUAUGACCUGUCCUAUGCCACAGGCCUCUCUUCCUCUGCCAUAGUUGCCAGUCAACAAGCCUCUGCCCCCUCUAUGUAUCCUCCUGCGCGGAGGUGAGAAUGGGAGCCCUGAUUGGCUGACCACUACCCUACUUGGAGUCAUGUGACUGGAUCACAUGAAGAAGCGUCUGAGGCGCAUGGUUUCCAUUUCCACAUCAGUUUACUGGUGUUUGUGGAUGUUUAAUUUCCCUGCCUGGAUGUCCUGGCUGCUGCCUCCUCCGGAGGUCUCUUAGCAAAGCCAGUUUGGCUGGUCCUCUUUAUGUUGAGACACUCCCUGCUGGCUACUUGACCUGGCCUGGUUGUUCCAGAUGGUACCGACAGCCCUUUGGACUUGGGGAAUGUAAGAGAGAUUGGACUCUGUUUAGGAAUUACUACACAAGGGAUUGUUGUGAGAGAAGGCUUCAGUUCCACCCAGUCCUAGCUGAGAUCCAGUGCACCGUUUUAGGGUUACUGAGCUCAUUGGUGGUAGUUCAGGGGGACCGUUUGGGUUUGGAAGCAGUGGUUGCUCAGGGACAUGGUGUUAUGAAAAUCUCCAUGUCCUCGGCCCCUGCCGAGGUCAUGAUGUUGGCGUGAUGUUCAUUGUUCCCUUUGGAAUGUUCACUUUGGAAUUAUUUUUCUUUAAAUGAGACAUGUUCUGUUUUUUUGGAUUACGUUGUUCUGUGGAUUAAAUCUUUCAAGAUUUUGUUUUUUAUGUUGACCCAACAUUUAACACACACACACACCACCAUGCAGGUUGUUGCUGUGGUAAACUCCAGUAGGCCGUGGUCGAUGGUCCUUGGAGAGGUCAGUCCAUAGACCAGCACAAAGGCCUCAUCCCUGGCUCAGCACUCCCCAGGGAGAGGUCCUACUUUGACCCGGAAGUACUUUUGCUUUACAGGGGAUGCCCACACUGCAGUGGGGGUUGUGGGGGGGGUCCGCUUCGAGGACUUUCCUCGGAGUCAUGCUGAGGCCCAGCGCUGCUGAGACUUCGGUAUAUCUAGACAGUAGCAUGGUGGACAUGAGGGACAGAAGACUAGAAGCAUCACAGUGUCCCUGAACGCCGACAGACUGGCAGGAGGCUGCUCCCAGUGCUCCUCCCACCAAUUUAUUUAUUGUGCUCCUGGAAGAGGCGGUUCUCCUGUCCUCUACACACCUCCUCUCUCCACUGUGAGCCCGUAAGGAGUAACAUAGCACUAGAACACAAAUAAUGGCCUCCCAGGCAGGCUUUGUGUAGAUAAUGUACAGAGGAUUUCUUUAAAACAAAAAACAAAAAAAAGCUUGUUGGAUGCUAUUGACAUUUUCCUAAUGUUUUGUCUGUUAGUCUUCUUGUCUUUUUUCUACUCUUGUUGAUCUGAUAUUAAAGGUGUAGCUGGUGGAACAGCUUUAUAGUUGAUGUGUUGUGAUUUAUUUUGACCAACUUAGCUCCAACACUAUCAGGGCCCAGCUAAACCCCGUCAUUGUCAUUGAUAAAGUUUAAAAAAAAAAUUUUUAUUUUUUUUUUGCUAGAUCUGAUCUGUUUGUUAGAAACCUGGUCAUGCUGGUAUAGAAAUCAGUAAACCAGAAACCUGGUUUUGAAACUCAAUUCGUAGCCGGAAGAGGAGAAGGUUCUGUUAUUCUGAACCCACCCCUAUUCUCCAGUUUGUUCAGAUGUUGCUUCUGGAGUACUAGCUAAAACUUUAGGUCAGUAUGUUUUGAAAACAUCCGGUUCAUAUUGGUGGUAAAUAGGUUUAGAAACCCAUCCAUUUAAGAGUGACCCCUACAAAAAUACCUGUCCCUUCAUAAAAUCACUGGCUCAGAAAGUUAGUCAUUUAGGUGAAGUUCUGCUUUUUGACUCGUUCAUGAGUCUGGUCCAUUUACACCCGGACACACGUCCACAGCCAUGAUGGAGGAGAAGCAGGCUCCAAGUGGUGAUGGCUAGCUACAUCAUGAUGACCUUUUCAUUGGGGAAAAGGGACACUUCCUGUGUGGGGAUGUCCCCUUACCGUUUUCUGUGCUGUCCCCCCAACCCACACACAUCACCCUCUCAAACCACUCCUCACUUACUGUGGUUACCAUUCAGUCAACUCCGAGUAUAAACUGGUCAAACUGGUUUCAAUGUUUGAAUAUUGGGGGGUGGGGGGGCUGUAUGAUAUUUUUUCAUGAGAUUGUUAGUUUGGGCUCCACCUCCACGCAGACUGAUGUUAAAGUCUACAUUACAACCUGGCUUUUAUACAGAGCUGUUAACUAGCCUUUGGACAUGGAGGCAAAAAUAAAUAAAUCUUUUUAUGAGACAAUCA